AUGUAUUAUUAUCCUCAAGAUCGCACUGCCCCGCCGAAGCCAACAUUCUUGGUAUUCACGCUGCUUCCUCCAGAUGCCGGAAAUUUUCCGGCUUCUCCGUGCUACAUCGUGGGAGUACUUCGUCGUGGAGAGGUUCCCAUCAGCCGCCACACUAUCAGUUUCUUCAAAAUCCCUGAGAAAGAGCCUCCGAAACAAUGCCCUGAACCUCCUGAACUUCCGACUCAACAUAAAGUCGCGACUCCUCUUCCUCCUGAACGGCUUGAGCCUCCUGAACUUCCCCAUUAUAAAGUCACGGUUCCUCUUCCUCCCAAACGGUUUGAGCUGUUCACCUUUUCGGUGUCCCUUUUUCCUAGUCAGCCGGACCCAAAACCUCUUCACGACUUCGGUGAAAUCACAAUCAGCACCACCCAGGGAGUGUCCGAGCUGUGGCUGAAUGCCAGAGAACUCACCAGCUGGAUCACAUCGGCCCAAUCGCGCGACGGUGUUAGUGUUGCAUGCACCACGGACUACCCAUCGUUGUUGACAAUCAACCUGCCAGAACCUCCACUGGCAUUACCAGCAUCUCAACUCACGAUUUCGCGGGCUGACGACGAGGACUGCCGAACCCUCCCACAUGACUUGUCACGCCUUCAGGAGAUCGCCGAGUGCGAACGCAAUGCCCAGUCUGAGCUGUUCGGAGUGGUACAGCAACUUUACAAUGAACUCUCAUCGAUGCUCUCUCGCGCCACGCCGCAGCCGACAAUGCCAAUGCUCCCCGCUGGAGCGCAGACCCCGAUAGUCCCUGAGGCAGGCGUGAUCCCACCCAAGAGCGCCGCCCGGCUCAAGAGCAAUAGUAUGGACAAGAAGGCUAAAACAAUCAAGAAAGGGCCAAAGGGGAUUUUUCUCAGCUCGGACACUGGCUAG